CAAAGUUUCAUAGUUCAUCGUAAGAUUAAAAAUAAAAUACUAUUAAAAUGUCAAUACUAAAACAGUUCCGCAUUUUUCGUUCUCAUCACUAAAACUCGUUCACCUUACCCUUGAUUUUCUCGUUCAAAUUACUGAAUUGAUAAUGCGGCUGACAUCUCCUAAUAGCUACCAUAUCACGUCCAUACAUCCAAAUUAUAAGUCGACACGGUUUUGACGCCUCAAAUAAAUCGCUGCGAUUUUUCUAUGUAAUUGUUAGUGAGUCAGAUUCGCACUGGAACGCCGCCCGCUGCCAACUACAACCCGUUUAAAUAUAGCCGCAAUUGACAAAUAUUCACAAGUACUGUAUUCCAUUGAGAUGCCCGCGAUUUUCUUAGUUUCGCAAUGAUUUCGGUGAUAUCAACACGAGUUAAGGAACCCGUGAGUGUGUAACGCGAAAACGUGUUGUGCUGUGUUAGAUAUACGGUUCAUAUUUGUGCAAAAUGAUCCGGAAGAGCGCGAGCUGUCAAGUGUAUCACCAAGUGACCUCUACAAGCAGUGAUGUGUCGACAUCUUCCAGUUCAUCGUCGGAAAUAACAGAUACUCCUUUGAGAAAGUUCAAUCGUGUGCUACGUUCGGCUGUAGCGCGCCACUGGUCCUACUUCAAGAAAAACAACCGGUUGAAGACCAGGGGCCGUUCCGUCUCCGACACCGGCAUCUGUGACAUCAUAAAUGAUGACUGGCAGCUGGCCUACUUGGAUAUCCCUGGGGGCACCCAGAGGCGGUCUCUACAAGUGUUUGGCCGGACGCCAUCCAUCGCCGUGCCCUCACUCUAUGUCACGUGA